AAAUUAAGAAAAAAAAAAAAAAAAAGAAAACCUUUGGAGCUUCCGUCCAUAUUGUUUUACUACUACGCAUUAGGGCUAGGGUCGAUCUGAGCGAAGAAGAAGUGAAGGAAAGAUGGUGAACAUGACGACGUUUUUCGGGAUGUCGCUUGGGGCGUUUGUGUUCUGGCAAUCAAUGGAUAAGGUUCAUGUCUGGAUCGCUCUUCACCAGGACGAAAAGAAAGAGAGACUGGAGAAGGAAGCAGAGAUCAGGAGAGUGAGGGAACAGUUGCUACAAGAAAACAAAGAGAGAGAGCCGCUCGCUUAAUAUACCUAAUCACUUGAAAUUAUCAUUCAUGAUUUCUCCUCAAAACUGUUGUUUGAUUUGCCUGAGUUUUGACCAGGACAUGACUUUUGUAUCAAGAUGAUACCCAUGUUUGUUGUUGAAUAAGUUUGUCUUCUCUAAUAAUAUUACUUUUGCUACACA